CGGCCUCCGAGUCGCUCGCGGGGCGUGGGGCGGUGCUGGGCAGCCGAGGCUGAGGCGAGCUCGACGCCUGGACUGUCCAGGGAGGCGCAGCGCAGCGCGGCGGGAACCCUCCGUCGGAGUAACCCGGGAGCAGGAGAAGCCGCCGCCGCCCGCGGAGCGCAGCCGAGCCGGCCAUGGCGUUAUCGAUGCCGCUGAACGGGCUGAAGGAGGAGGACAAAGAGCCCGUCAUCGAGCUCUUCGUCAAGGCUGGCAGCGAUGGUGAAAGCAUAGGAAACUGCCCCUUUUCCCAGAGGCUUUUCAUGAUCCUGUGGCUCAAAGGAGUUGUAUUUAGUGUCACUACAGUGGACCUGAAAAGGAAGCCUGCUGACCUGCAGAACUUGGCUCCUGGGACCCACCCACCAUUUAUAACUUUCAACAAUGAAGUCAAAACGGAUGUAAAUAAGAUUGAAGAAUUUCUCGAAGAAGUCUUAUGCCCUCCCAAAUAUUUGAAGCUUUCCCCAAAACACCCAGAAUCAAAUACUGCUGGAAUGGACAUCUUUGCCAAAUUCUCUGCGUAUAUCAAGAAUUCAAGGCCAGAGGCUAAUGAAGCGUUGGAGAGGGGUCUCUUGAAAACCCUGCAGAAACUGGAUGAAUAUCUGAAUUCUCCCCUCCCUGAUGAAAUUGAUGAGAACAGCAUGGAGGACAUUAAGUUUUCUACACGUAAAUUUCUGGAUGGCAAUGAAAUGACAUUAGCUGACUGCAACCUGCUUCCCAAACUGCACAUUGUCAAGGUGGUGGCCAAAAAAUACCGCAACUUUGAUAUUCCAAAAGGGAUGACUGGCAUCUGGAGAUACCUAACUAACGCUUACAGUCGGGAUGAGUUUACCAAUACCUGCCCCAGUGACAAGGAGGUUGAAAUAGCCUAUAGCGACGUAGCCAAAAGACUCACCAAGUAAACUGUCGUUUGUGAGAGAGAUGUCUUCACGUCUCCCCUAAGAACACGCUUUUCCUAACAGGCCGCUCCUGUUCCUAUAAAGUAGAUCCCUUCUUUUGCAUGAAUGUGCAGUUAUUCAGGAUUAGGAUAAAAGGAUAGACAAGGUAUAGUAGUUGUCGUUAAGUACACACUCCUAAGCAGUAUUAUGUUAAAAUUCUUCACCCUGCCUUCCCCUCCCGCCCAUACCCACCCCCACGCUCCACUCCUCGCCCCCAAAUGCAGGGACGCUCCAUCACGCUCUUUUCACUUUAGAGGUGGUUUCCAUCCCUCCAGAGCCCUCACUGCUACGGCUCUAGGUGCCAGAGCUUUCGAGUGCUGACGGUGAAAACAGGAGCCACGCCCUCCUCAGUCAGCCUCCGGCUGGCGCACGAUGCGCGGCACAAGGAAUAUCUGUGUCUGUUGGGAAUUUUAGCGUCCUUCGUAUGUGAGGGGAUCACCACCGUAGCAGAACGCCACCGCGUCCAGCGGGUUCAGGGUGCCCUGUCCUGGGUGCGCUCCCGCCGGUGAAGAGAGCCUUCCCCAGAAAGUCACUACACGCUUCGCGGGCUCGCUUCCGUACAUGGAUUUUCACCCUUGCCUGAAAGCAUUUAUCCUUCAUACCCGUGAUAACGUCUGACACUAUGUAGAAGCUAAAAGUUUAGAGUGAGGGAGGAUCAUUCUCAAGGUCUUCUCAAACAUUUUAUCCAUAUGAGAAAAACCAGGGGGCACCUGCUCUUCUGUCUAAAUGUGUUGUUUUGUGUGUUUCUGUUUUGUCUGUAUUUUGCCCAGUGCCAUUCCUUUGGGACAUUACUGCUUUCCUCUUUUAUUUAAAAAGCUCCUUUUAGUUAAGUGUAGACCUUGCUGUCUAUAGAUCUUUUGAGCAACACACUACAUAAACUGAUAUUUAGUUGAUUGUGCUAUCGCAGUACAACGAUCUGUAACAUAAAGAUUUAACCCUUACAGAUAUUAACCUAAGGAAUGUAGGACGGGUUCAUCUAAAUGUCAAGUAGAAUUUUGUUUCUGAAGCCUAUUUAAUUAAUAUGGACACCCUGAAGAGAGAAUCCAUCCUCUGUUAGAAACCAGACAAAACACAUAUUACGAGCUUUCCCAUUCCGUCCCCAUUUACUGUUCAACUUUGGGCACAGGAUGGCUCACUCCUUUGGGACUAAAUUGUAGUUGUGAUAGUGGGUACAAAUUUACCGCAGUUUCGCCUCAUCUCAAUCACUGUACUUCCCUUGAUUAAAUUUUUCUAAAGCCACAUGGAGGAGUAGUGCUCUGCAUGCUUGUUUUUCCAGCUGAAGUCCUGGACCAGGGAUGAUCUGUGCUCUGACAAGGGAGGAUGAACUUGGUAAAAAUAAAACAAAAGUCUGCUAUGUAUUUAUUCAUUAAAAAAAAAAAAAAGUACUUUAUAAAUACUGCUUCAAAGACCAUGGCUGUGACUAGACUACAGUUUUGGUCAUUUUUUUAUACGUAACUUGUUUAAGAAGUGCGAUUUCUUGUAGGCUGUUUUUGGAAAUUUAAGCAUAUUAUUGCUUUCAAAUGCCAGUGCUUUCCCCCCUUCGAAAUGGUAACGUUCAGUCAGCGCUGGUGUUAUGGAAGCAGCCCGAUUUUUAUAAAUGUACUGCAUUUUUAUAAGUAAUUGCUUGGUGUAGAAGGAUGAUGAGCUCCAUAUUGUAUCCAUUUGGCUCAGGGAAGUUUCUUUGCCUUACUUUCUUAGAACUCAUUGUUGCUGAUCAACAGUUUGGGUACCCACCUUUUUAUAAUUAAAUAUUAGAUGAUGACUUACCUGGUUCCAAGAAAAGCACUCAGUUAUCCUUGAGAAGUUCUCUAGCAGUAGCUUCAGCGGGGUGAAGAUGCCACACCGGCACCGGGACCCUGGGCUGCACGCAGCCAUCGCCACUUCUCACCCACUUUUUAAGUGGCAAGUUGGCAUUCAUGUGAUACUGAACUGUGCCUCGUAACCUGAAGUGUGGAAAAGAUUCAAGAGGCGGGGGAGGGGCCUGUUCUUCAGGUGAUGGACUAAGUGGUGCAGAGGAGAGGGAAAUGAGGACAGAGGGACAUUCCUCAAAGUAGAGUGGUAGAAAGCACAUUCUGAAAUUCAGUCGUGAAGUAUUUUCACUUUGGAUACUUAUUCUCUUCAGUGUCUUUUUAAAACUUAUCCCAUGAUGAUACUUGGCUCUCUCUCUGGAUAUCCAAGGAAGGCAGGUUUAUCUCUUCUGACUUUGAUGUAGAAAGCCCUUAUUACUUUUUCAGGGGAGAUAGUUAAAUGACAUUGAGAGUGGCAAAUUGAUAAAAAAGCUAGUAAAGAGGAUAAUCCUAAAACAUGUUUUUUGUUUUUUAAAUCCCAUUUUACACUUGUGGAAAGGUCAUAGCUUAAAAUCUUGGGAGAUAUUAGGACAUCAAAGUUUUCAUGGCAAUUCACAUAGUGUAUGAAUUGACAUAAUGCAGAUCAUCAGAUAUUAUUUCUACAACUACUAAAUCAUUCCCCCCUGGAUUUAAACUCCUUAUGUUCCACUUCAACAAGAUUAGAUUCUGAAUGGAAAUUCUCACUGUUUUCCACGGGAUUUUGAGACAUUUUUGUGUUAAACAGUUGGAAAGCUCUUUACUAUUUCAGCUGAUGUAACUUCCUUUUUUUUUUUUUUUAAUGUAGAUGCAGAUAUUCUCUUCCCUUCUAUCUUUUAUUAGGAUUGUUGACUUUGUGAUGAAAAUCAUAUAAGAUUCAAUGUCUUGGUAACUCAGCUGACACAAUUUAUCUUUAAAAUUUUGAGCAGUCUGUGUGCAUUUAAGAGAUUUCUGACAUUCUUACACUAAGUUGAUCAACUUUAGAAUUUAGGCAUUUUCACUUCCGUUGAGUUUUGAGUCUCUCCGGAGUUAUGUAGAUAGCUUUUAUUUCUGUACAUUUAAAAUAUCCAUUUAGAAAAUAUCUGCAAGGUAAAAAAAUGAGAAGAAAUAGCAAUGUAUUUUUUCAUGAACAUUUUGAUACACAUUUCAUCAUGUUUAUUGAUUAACCAUUUUUCUUAUACUGGUUAUAAUCAGUAUUUGAUUCUGAGAGGGAAGUAUUCAUUAUUGAUAUACUGUAUGGGCUUUUUAAAUUCCAUCCUUUACAAAUGAUCAAGAUUGGAGCUGUCAAAAUUAUAUUUUUUAUCAUGGAAAAAAUUUCAACUCCCCCCAAGUCAUAAUGCUGAACAGAAUUGGAAUAUUUUCUUUAGAAUUACUUGAAAAGGCAAAUGAAAGCUUAUUAUAGAAUGCUUGUAUUUUCUUUUCACUCUCAAGAACCAGUAUAUUGCUGGCAGCUAUUGUAUUAAAAAAUAAAGUAUAUUUUCCACUAUCAUAAAAGGUUCUUUUUUCCCCCCCUCAUGAAAAUAAAUAGCAGCCUGAGGUAA